CACACAUUCAUGUCGGCUGCACAUACGGUUUACGCGAGCGCGGUUUUUUGCUCCCGCCGCUGGUCAUCGCCAAGCUUCCGCCGAGAACCCUGGCCCAGCGCGGCCACCACCAGUUCUGUCAGCUCGUCGUUGUCCACGCCUACAUGCUACUACAAAUGCAUCGCCAUCGCUAUGGGGUCUUGUUCUCGCCUCACCGACCUUGUUCUUCGUGAUGAACCCCAACGCCCUAGAGAACGAAGGUCGCCAAGCAACCUCGUCGUGCCAGCGCUAGCGCGGUCUCCUCUCAGUCUGUGGGCGGGCGCUCCCGGCGUGUCGAUCAUUCCAAUCACCCUUCCGCCGACACUCUUCCAUGCUACUGUACGAGUAAAUCACUGCGACACGAGCAAAUCACUUUUCAAGCCAUCUAUCAACCAUGCAUGUCCUUGUUCUCGCGCGGCAAUUUCCUUCUCUGUAAUCACUGGUAUUCACGAUUCCGCAGUCGUCGGCGGGUCGGGGAGGCCCCACGCAACCCUCGGCGACGCGCAUGCAGAGCCCGGAAUAGCGCCUCCAAAACUUGAGAGCCUCUCAGCUUCGCAAUAUUAG